CGAAGCUCCAAGCAAUGCCGGCGCCAGAGCCAGUGCAGCUGCUCCUUCUUCUUCUCCUCCUCCUUCUCCUUAACCUUCUCCUUCGCCUAGGGGUUUCGUUCCGGAGCUCGAGCUAGGGUUUUUUUUCUCUCCCCUCCGCCCAUGGAGUCUCCCGACGUUGCUGCGAAGACGACCGGCGACGCCCCGGCCGCGGCCGAUUGCGCCCGCGCCGCCUCGUCGGAGUCUCCUCCCGUCCAAGAGUCCCCUUUCUCUAAUUUCGUCAAGAACCUCUCUCCAAUAAAUCCAGUCAAGGCUGCGCAUGUUCCGCAAGUUUUCCCUGGGAUUAAUUCUUCUCCUCUCGUAUUUACUUCACCACAUGUAAACUUACAGCGCGAGGCCAAUUUCUUGGACAGGAUUCAAUCAGUCCAGCCGUCCAUUGAAGAGUUAUCUCGUCAUGAAAAUCGAUGUAAGGACAAAAUUGAAGAGGCUUCCGAGGAGCCCAAUGAACUUGUCGCCCAAGCAAGAGAUGAAGCUGUCACUUAUGAUAAAGGCAACUUUAUUACCAGAGACUUUUCACAAGCUCAUCCAUGUAGUUCUUCUGGGUGUGUAGAUGAAUACUUGGCUGAUCCUGUUGAGGUUGAUUGUGCCAAUUCUGCUCAUUCAGUGGGCCACCCUAGGAAAGAAAUGGAAAAUUGUUCGCUGAGUAAUGUCACUUACUUGGUGGACAACCUCUCAAAGUUUGACCAAGAUACUAACAUGGACAAUGAAUACGGGGCAGAAGUGAAUUUACCUCACGGUUUCUCUAAUGAAAGACAGGAGGAGCUUCAGGAAAGGCUAACGUGUAAUCAACAACCAACUGAAGCGGAAGAUGAGCAUGAUGGGGGAGACAAAUCAACUAUUGAAUGCAUAAAAACUGCGCUUGACUUGUCUGUUGAAAAUAUAUCUAAGAAGCGACAAUCUUUAGAUUCAGUUGCUCAGCCGGCAGGAUGUAGCCAUCAGUGUGGAUCUCAUGGCCUGCAAUCGCUCCCUGACUACUGUCCGAUGGUUGACACAUUUAAAGAUGGAGUGGAUUUACCGGCAACCUUAAGUGAACAUGCUGAUUCACAUCACCCUGAGAUUAUUCUACAUCAGCGAGGCUUGCUUAGACGCUGUCUUCAAUUUGAUGAUGCACACCCAAAUAGUUUUUCAAGAUCUUUAAGUUUACCAGCACGUAACUUGGACUCUUCAAGAUCACUGGCUACUGCUUCAGAAAUGGAAGAUCUGGAUUUAUCUAGGCCUAAUUCCAAUAUAAUUUCCAGCAAGAGACCAGUCCGCGAGCCGGACAAACCUGUCACAAGCAUCCUGGCCAGUCGCCAGUGUGGAAGCUCUCCCAUUAUAGCAUCCAAGCCAUCGGGUAUUGGCUUGCAUUUAAAUAGCAUUGUUGGUACCGGAACAGUAAGUUGCAGGGCAGCCAAAAACAUUAACCCAGAGGAAGACCACCAGGAUGCAGAGGAUAUAAAGUUGGCCUCCGCUGAAACCUGCCAUAUGUGGGUUAAAUCAAGCGAAUGUGCAACUUCAUCAGACACACUGAAGACAGUUCCAUCAGGGGCUUUAGAUGAAAGGUAUGAGAAGAAGGUUUCAGAAACUGCGACAUCUGUAGCUUCUGAUUCUCUUCCUGAGAUUGAGGACCAGAAUUUGUUGAAACCACAUGAGCAUUAUGAUACUCCACGUGAAAAGAGGAAGCUUGAUUUAGCAGCUGUUGAUGGAUCAGAGGAGUUUAUCCAACCGAGUCCCAAAAAAAAAAGGAACAAGACAAUGGGCACCUUCAGCAGUGAUGGUUGCAAACGUUGCAAUUGUAAGAAGAGUAAAUGCUUGAAACUUUACUGUGACUGUUUUGCCGCUGGAAUGUAUUGUGUCGAACCUUGUUCAUGCCAAGGAUGCCUUAAUAGACCUCAAUAUGAACAGACAGUUCUUGAGACGCGCCAACAAAUUGAAUCUCGCAAUCCGCUGGCAUUUGCUCCAAAGAUUAUAGAAAGUAGUGGGGAGCUUUUAGCAAAUAAUAGGGAAGAUGGAGCUUGGUCAACACCAGCAUCAGCACGGCACAAGAGAGGAUGCAAUUGCAAAAAGUCAAUGUGUCUAAAGAAAUACUGUGAAUGCUAUCAGGCUAAUGUUGGAUGCUCGGAUAAUUGCCGAUGUGAAGGAUGCAAAAAUGUUUAUGGAACAAAGGAGGAUUAUUGUGUAACUAGAGAAGUAACAGGCAGCAGAGUUAGUGAGAGAAGCUUGGAAGGCGUAAACGAUGUGAAGCUGCAAACAGUGGCGUCUGAGAAAGAUCACUUGCGUACCCAUUCGUAUGAGCCUGUCCAGCUAAUUCCACAAACACCAUCAUUGCAGUUUUCAGACCAUGGAAAGGGUCCUCUGAGAUCCCGGCUUUCUACAAGAAACAUCCUGUCACCUAAUUCAAAUCAGAAGAUCUUAUCAUCAUCUGCAGAAUCCGGAAGACCUUCAGGAAGUGUAGAUACUAGAGACAUACCACAGGAAAGACAAAACGACACUCUGGAAUCAGGUUCUUUUAAUCAGGUUGCAGAUGACAAUGAUGCAGAAAAUGAGAUGGUGGAUGAAAUCUCCCCUAGACGUGAUUCAUUGUUGAAUUUAUGCCGCCUUGCUCCUAUAUCAAGCCUCCCCAUAAAGGCUGGCUCGUCUAUGGAGUCAUCUAAAGCAAAUGAUAACAUCCGUAAUUCAAUCGUCCCGACAUUUCCUGGAAAUAAUCACCUUGCAAGCAACUCCCUUCGCUGGCAUUGUUCUCCAGUUACCCCGGCAACUCAAUUAGUUGGUGCCAAAUCUUGUGAAGAUCCCAUGUUGGAUGUUGGACUUUCUGCCCUUCUGGGAGAUGAUACGCCUGAAGUAUUGAAGGACGACCCGACCACUGCAAAAUCAGUGAAAGUUAGCUCCCCCAAUCGCAAGCGUGUUUCUCCUCCUCACAGUCAUCUGCAUGCACUCAAUACAAGUUCUUCGGUGGCCUUGAAGAGUGGUCGCAAGUUUAUACUGAAGGCAGUUCCGGCUUUCCCUCCUCUCACCCCUUGUAUUGGUCCUAAAGGUAGUAGCGGCGAAAACAGUCGUGAGUCUCAAGACGAUAGCACACCAAAUGAUAAAACAGACUGGAGAUAAAGGAGUUAAGGUGAGCAGUCUCUCCUCUCUUCAAUUUUUUUUUUCUUUAUUGGGGUUUGUGGUUGGCAUUGAGCAGUAAGCAGUAUCGUUGAUGCAUCUUUUUAUCGUUAGUUUGUGCAAUCAGUCUACUUCCUGGGUUUGGUCGCAGUUAGAUUUGGCGGGCAUGGUUGCAAGUUGUGCCGUCUUAAGUGAGAUACAUGGGUCAAACUGAGCAUCAAUCAGGUACAUGGAGUCAUGACAUCUUUGGUGCGUUUCGUAUGGAAAGAAGACACUGAUAAGUGCUACUGAGUUUUCAUAGGAUCCGCUCUCCUCUCUCUCCUUUCCUCCCAACUAACUGCCUGGUCGGGACACUGCUCCUUUGUUGACUAAAUUGGUUUCACUUUCACCCCUUCAAGAGAGUGGGUUAAAAUUUGUUGUAUGUUCUGCUCCACCAGAAGAAGCGAAAAAAGGUAGUAAUUAGAGUUUUAUUUUUUAUUUCUUUUUUAGGUUAACCAAUGAUGAUUGCAACUUUCGUUGUUCAUAUGUACAGCUAUAUGUUCCCUUAAUCUGGAUGCAUAUGGUCUUUUCUUUAGGUAUAA